CCGGGCAUCGCAAACAAAAGUAUGAGAAUCAUAACAAGUAUUGCAUUCCUGGUGGUGCUUACGGCUUUGCAUGGAGUCGGGGAAGCAUGCCAAAGCAGCGGAGCUCGGAAAAAGAGAAAUGUACCUGAAUUAGAUUUUCAACUAGCUGAUUUCUUUGGAAAAUGCCAGCAACUCAAUCGAGCCAAUUUUGGGAUAAUACCUUCACUUCAAAGUGUAGUCGACAGCGUUAUUAGAGAUAGCAAAUGGUAUAAUGCUGUCAAGAACAUCAUCUGCUUUGGAGACAAUGACGAAGCUAGCUGCUGGAUUGGUGCGCUGCCUUUACUCUUAAACGCCGAUUCAGUUUUUCGACAGUCUACUGCGAAAUGCAUAUGUCAAUGGGACUCAGACGGAUGUUGGAGUCCUCCUGGGAAGAAAAAAAGAUCAAUAGAUUCUGACUUGAUGGACGAAAAACAUCUACGAAUGAAACGACAAGCGCAGAGCAAUUUCUUAUUAUGCGUAGAUCGAAAUGUAAGACUAUUCAGAGGACAAUACCGGUCUUUACAAAGAUUUGAUGCAAAAUCGAUUUCUAUUUUUCUACAGGACCAUUAUUCGUAUUGCAGAACGAUUCCUAACAUUCCUCGGAAGCAUUUGUGUCAGCUCGAUCUACUUUACAUCGACAGUUUAUGUCCGAAGUCAGGACCUAACUCAAAUUGGAGAAAAGAUCAGAUAAAUGUGUUCAAAGCCUACGCCAGACAAAACAGUCCUUUGGGGAGAGCGGUUGCUAAAUGUCCAGAAGGCGAUGGUGGAACGGGGGCUAACUGGGGCACUUGGCGACAGAAUAGACCAUGUGGAGCGACCUGUGGGCUGAGUUUGAGAAAUGAAAAAAGGUCAUGCAUGUUAAAUGGACAAACAGUGCCGUCUUCAUUCUGUGAAGGAAGCGAUAAAAGAAAUUCAGUUUGUUUUCUGCCACCAUGUCCACCAAAAGAUCUGACACGUUAGAUGGCGGCAAAAGAAAAGUGGACAA